AUGGCGGACGACGGCGGCAUGACUUCGUGCCUGAACCUCAUGCGGCGCAUGCCCCCGCGCGAGGUGGAGACGGACGUGUACAACCUGACGCGGCUACUGCCUGCGCUGGCCGACGACCUGUAUCAGCGCGUGGACCAGCCGCUGCAGGUGGCGGUGGACCCGACCAACGGCCGCAAGUAUCUGCUCUGCGACUACAACCGCGACGGGGACUCGUACCGCUCCCCGUGGAGCAACCAGUACGACCCCCCAGCCCCCGAGGGGGAAGGCUUCUACCCGUCGGAGACGCUACGCGAGCUCGAGGUGCAGGCCAACGAGAUCUUCGACUCGUACCGAGAGCUCUACUACCAGGGGGGCAUCUCCUCCGUCUACAUGUGGGACCUCGAGCCGGGCUUCGCCGCCUGCUUCCUCGUGCAGAAGGACGUGCUGGACCAGCGCUUCGUGGAGAAGGGCUCCUGGAACUCCAUCCACGUGAUCGAGGUGCAGGAGGGCAGCGACGUGCUGGACAAAGGAGUCAAGCGCGCCACGUACCGCCUCACCACGUCCGUGCUGCUGUCCAUGAAGGUGAACCGCCCCGAGCUGGGCGACUUGACAUUGGACGGCACGCUCACGCGGCAGGCGGAGCGCACCCUGGCGUUUGAGGACCAGUUCGCGCACGUGUCUAACAUGGGCCGCAUGGUGGAGGACAUGGAGAUCGACAUGCGCUCGAGUCUCGACGGACUCUACAUCUCCAAGACCCGAGAGGUCGUCAACGGUAUGCGGAAGCUGCAGCAAGGUCCCGCCAUGGUCAACCCGUUUGUGGGAGAGCUCACGGGGGCGGUGCUCAAGCACGGGCUGAAGAAGCAGCAGAAGUAA